AUGGUCCGCAACAUCCACAUUGCAGUCUUGGACGUCGACAUCCCCGCUCGACCUCUAUACGAAGCAAGAGGGCUCUGCAGCGCCCACUUCCGCGACAUCCUCCGCGAAACAGCAUCCCACCUAAACGAAACCCACCCAGAAAACACAAACCCCAUAAACAUCACCGUAACAGCCUUCGACAUCCGCGGCGGCCACUACCCAGACCUGGAUCUCCUCCGCGGCAGUCCCGCCCAGAAACAAAGCCAUCAACAAUGGCCCGUCCUCAACCCCAUCGACGCAAUCCUGAUAACAGGUGGCUCACCCGGCGUCUAUGAAAUGGCCCAUUCGCCCUGGAUGCAAGUACUAGAGAAAUUCAUCCAAAACGUCUACGACAACUACCCCGAAGUCCGCAUCAUGGGUACCUGCUUCGGCCACCAGCUGAUUUCGCACGCUCUUGUCCGCGUGCCGGAUGACCAGGCCCGGGACGUAUACGUUGAGAAGUGCCCGCUAGGACGGGAAGUGGGUAUUUAUACUGUGCAGUUGGAGGAGGCCUUUGUGCGCUCGUUCCCGACUGCCUUGGGCCAUUUGCCGAAGGGUCAGUUGCGGAUUCAGAUGUUCCAUGGGGAUCGGGUUAUGGCCGUUGAGAAGGGGGUGGCUGUUUCCUUGAGCGAGUCGCCGCCUGUUUGUUUGCCGGCGCCGUGGGUGAAUAUUGGCAGUACGCCCAUCUGUCCUAUUCAGGGACUUUAUAAUCCUGGACGAGUUCUCUCUGUGCAGGGACAUUAUGAGAUGGAUGCGUUUGGGUUGUCGAAGAUGUGUGUGGAGGCUGCGCCGGUUAUGGGGUGGAAGGAGUCGAAGUUGGCGCUGUUUUUGGAGCAGGUUGGGCCUGAUUUGGUGGAUCGGCAGGAUGAUGCUAAGGCUUUUGCGUCAGCCGUUGUUUGUUUCUUGGCUGAUCUGGAAUGA